AUGGCUCUCAUACGGAACAGCCUCUUCAGCAAUUUAACUGGCUGCCUUGGGACGCCCCCGCCCCGAAGCAACGUCCUCUCAACUAGACUUGGAGCUUUAUCAGACAACGCCGGUUCUUUGCCGGAGCCCCUCGAUAGAGACCGGAAACCACGCUACCACCCAUACGAGGAAAUUGAGGAAGACUCGCCCACACUUGAAGGCGCCCGGGAUGGACGGCUCACUGAUGCGGAAACUGCACGCACGAUAAUCGAGGUGAACAGCAAAGCAACACUUCUGUUCUCUGGAAUGAUCGAUAAUGCAAUCCAUGAGAACAUUUUCUUGUCUGACCUGUCAUAUUUAACUGAUGAACAUGGAGAUAUUUACUUUGAGGUUAACUUGGAUGAAGACCUUCUACAAACUCUUACUGCUGAUGAAAAAUUGGUGCAAGUAAUAAUUGGCUUGGAUGAUUUAGAUAUGCUCCCGGAGAUGGAAGCUUAUGGGCCAUCUGAUACAGAUUUGGUAAUAGAAGAAAUUACAAGUGAUGAUGAUGAUGAUGAUGAUGAUGAUGACGACGAUGAUGAUGAUGAUGAUGACAAUGAUGAUGAUGAUGAAGAGGAUUUUGUUUCCAUCCUAGAAGAUGAAGAUGGCAUGAUCCCUUCUGAAGCAUUAGGUGAUUGGGCGAACUUGGGCACUAUGCGUGCUUCUCAUCCAAUGCAUUUUGCUAAUAAAAUAGCAGAGGUUGUCUCAGGUGUCCAAUUGGAUUGGAUGGAUCAACCUUCUGCUAGUAUUGUUAUGCGAGGUCUUUUGAGACCUGCUUUUGUUGAAGAACAAAAAUUUUUUAGAAAACACCCGCCAGGUAGUGCAAUUAAUGGUUCUGAGAAGCAUCAGAGCAGGACAACAGAACUGGAGAAAGACCAAGGGCUGCAAAGUGGAACUACAUUUUACAAGCUGGAAAUGGUUAAUAUUCAGCUAGUUUCUGCAUAUGGAAACCAGUCUACAGUGAAGAUUCAAGAUUUUCAGGAUGCACAGCCAGAUGUCAUUGCACAUUCAGCUGCAAAUAUUAUAUCACGUUUAAAAGCUGGUGGAGAGAAGAUUACGGAAGCCUUCAAGGCCAUCUGUUGGACGCAUAAGGGUAUUAAAGUAGAGGAAAUUUCCCUUUCUGGGGUGGACAGUCUUGGUUUUGACUUAAGAGUUUGUGCAGGAACACAAGUCCAAACCUUAAGGUUUUUCUUUCAGCGCACAGGGCCACUUCUGAAUACAGUGCAGAGAGACAGAUCCAUGACCUCCUAUUUCCAAGAUUACAGAACAAGAAGCAGAUGCAGCAACAAGCCCAGCAAAAGGAAUUGUGACCUGGUUUGGGUUGCAUGGCUAAUGCAGUCUUUUGUGGUCUAG